AUGGGCGAGUCGAACGGGUAUCAGAAGGACUGGAUUCGGUGCUAUUGGUGUCUUCGCCAAAACAAUGGGAGGGAUACGGAAGAUAACAGGUACAACCAGGAGGAUGUGAAUAUGUACCUAUCAGAGAGUUGGAUCGUGAUACACAAUCUUGUGCAUCAUCCAGAGCUUGUCCGGAAAAGGCCAAAAAAUCCGGUUCACGAUCAUUGUACGGUUUUCUCAGGAAAUUCCAAUGUCUAUAUUCUUCACCGGGAUGGUACUCGAAGUAUAUCUUACGACUCCGAACAAAUGCGAAAGUUUCGUGAAGAGCGUCCUAUUUUUGAGGAAGAGGAGCUUGAGGAUGUGCCUGAGGAAAUAAUACAAUCUAGGGAGGAUCGGAUUUCGACUUCCCGCUACUUCCACUGGGUUUGA